CUUGCACGACAAUGGGCAAUGGCUCCAAAGCAAGGAGAAAGACUGGUGAUUAUGCUGAGUUUAAAGAAGCAAAUAUUGGGACAAAUAUUAAAACUAAGAAGGUGAAAAAAGCUGGGAAGAGCAAGAAGAAGGAUCUCCAUGUACCUGCACACGAUAGCAAAUUGGAAGAGAAUCACAGGGAAAUACAUCCAGCAAAGGUUGAUGAAAUCUCAUCAGUGGAUGAAGAUUGUUCGAGAGGCAUGAAAAAAUGGCUUACUAGUUACAAAGAGAGCAGACCAGGCUUGAAGGUACUGCAACAAAGAAUAGAUGAGUUUAUAACUGCUUAUGAGGUGCAACAAGAGCAGGAAAGGAAAGAAAGAGAAGCACGUGCUGCAGAAGGAGGAUGGACAGUUGUGGUGCAUCAUAAAGGUAGAAAGAAAACAACUGAUUCCGAAACUGGAAUAACUGUGGGUUCUGUUGCCCAAGCUGCUGUGAUGGAUAAAAUGGCUAAAAAGAAAAAAGAAGUUGCUGUAGAUUUUUACAGAUUCCAAAGACGGGAAGCCCAGAGGAAUG